AUGUUUAAAUUCCAUUUCGAAUUAUGGUGAGACGCGCAACAUAAUAUCACAGCCCACAUUGACAACCCUUUAUAUACUAUCGUCCUCCAACCCUAAUAUUUCCACUAUUUCACUCUUCGCCUCACUCUCUCUUGCUCCCAAAAACCCUAUCUCUAAAAACCCUACUUCUCCGACGCUCUCUCAUCAGACAAUGGAGUUUUGGGGUGCUGAGGUCAAAAGUGGACAACCCCUUUCCGUAAAACCUGGGGAAGGCAUGAUUUUGCAUCUUUCACAGGCUUCUCUGGGUGAGGUCAAGGGUACAAAAGGAAAUGACUCUGUUUACCUCUUUGUGAAUGUUGAUGGAAAGAAGAUUGUUCUUGGAACACUUUCUUCUGAGAAGUUGCCUCAGCAGCAAUUUGAUUUGGUAUUUGAUAGAGAUUUUGAGCUAUCUCACAGCUGGGCAAAUGGUAGUGUCCACUUUUUGGGAUAUAGAGCUCACAACCCUGUUGACGAUUCUGAGGAUGAGGAGAAUUUUGGGUCUGAUUCUGAGGACGAGCUUCCUCUCACUUUUGCAAACAAUGGAAAACCAGAGGCUCAGGUUAAGCAAGAGAAACCUACCACAUCUGAGAAGGCUAAUGCAGUGAAGGAUUCUGCUGCGGGUAAGCAAAAGGUAAAGAUUGUGGAACCAAGUAAAGAUGUGAAACCGGGGGACGAUGAUGAGAGCAGUGAGGAGGAUGUGGCUAUGUCUGAGGAUGAUUUUGAUUCAGACGAGGAUGAUGAGAGCGACUCUGCAGGCAAUGGGGAAAGCGGCGAAGAGAAAGAGGAGACACCAAAAAAGGUUGAACUUGGCAAGAAGAGAGCUGCAGAAUCGGCCACCAAGACACCUGCUCCUGAUAAGAAGGCAAAAGUGGAUACUCCUAAAAAAGCUGAUGGCAAGAAAGGUGGUGGUCAUGUAGCCACACCUCACCCUUCAAAACAGGCUGGGAAAACUCCCGCUAACAAGUCAAAUCAGCAGACUCCGAAAUCGCCUGGAUCAGUUCCCUGCAAGUCUUGCAACAAGACGUUUGGUUCAGAAAAAGCACUAGAAUCCCACACGAAGGAUAAGCAUUCUGCUGGAAAGUAAUAGGAGUUUAAAGAAAGGCUGGCUAUUGGUAGAUUUUUGGUGGUUCAGCGCGUUGUAAAGGCAUGAGGUGGUUUGCUAGGUUUUGCUUUAAAUAUCCAUCCUGUUUCGGAGUGAACUAUUUCUGGGUGUACUGACUGAAAUUCUACCGGCAUGGGUUUUUGUCGUGUCUCUUGUUCCAUGUUUGUUUGAUCAUGAACUCGCUAUAACUAUUGAUAUCCUUAAUUCUCCAUGUCCAACUUUGCUUUAUUCCUGAUUAUAAAAGUAUAUUUUGAAUACCGUUAGAUUCAUAGAAUUGUGGAUUUGUUUAGGAAAUACAUUCUCAUCAGAUGACAGGACGAUGUGAGUGAAGUAUUGUACUGUUACAUCGAUAAGCUGAAAGUUGAAACAAGAAGUGUUGGUUUUGGAAGUAUGUACCCAUUGAUGUGCCAUAUAUCAG